GUUUUAGUUCUCCCGCCAUUUCGCCGAACAUAGGGAGAAUCCCCGAUGCUUACAACGAGGUAUUCAUUUUCAUCGUAGUGUCAUAGCGACCGAAUUGGGACAAAGACUAAUUACCCUGCAGCCAUGAUGUGUAUAUGUCUAGAAUCUAGAAAUGGAUUAGUAAACAAUCGAAGCGCUUAUGUUAAUACCACUUCAUUACCCAUAAGACACGAUGCAAUAAAUACAUCAGCGAACGUUAGAUUAACAAAUGAAUUGCACAUGCCAAGCUAGAUGUGUGUAUAGGAGAAAUAUAUUUGCAGUUUAUGUUAAACAAUUCAUUUAAUUGAACAUCUGCCAGUUUUUAAUACGAAGUUUUGAAUAGAAGCUAAUGUUUGGAUUUGCUCUUCUUUACUCAAAUGCGAAUUUCUGCACAGCACUGUGUGUAAAAAAUAACCUUGUUGGUAAAAAUACAUUUCAUUUCGAAGAACUUAGUAGUUUGUACACACAAAAGUGUAAAGCAUGCUCGGUAUGAUAUCCACAGGAACAGGUUUUAGUAUGCAACAUGUCUAUCAUACUGAUCUGCAUUAAGAUCGCUGCAGCCAAGCCUGAUGCGAAUCUGAAUAAAUUGACAUGCUAAUUGCCAUUGUUAAUCCAGAAGUAUUGUACAUGGACUGUCUGCCAUCCUGAACGAGCCGUGCAACUUUGACAUUGUUUAUUUCCAUAAAUAACCACUCACAGUGGUACAUGGACAUAAAUACAAGAAAUAGAUAACGGAGGCAUUCACCAAAUUGCAUCCAUCAAUAUGUUAGCGAUCGUACAUCUACAUCAGUAUGUCCUUACCUGAGAGUUGUGCGUCGGGGUGCAUGGCAGUAUAGAAUGGCAGUCGUUAGUUAGUUACUUGAAUGGCAGUCCGGGGGUCCUGUCGCUAUAUACUUGUCCGACAUGAAAUGACAGGUUUUAGGGUUUGUGAUUUAGUUAGUGUGGGUGAUUUUAAGAGUGUUUGUUGAAUGGGUGAUAAUUACUGCUGACGCUAUAGAUGUAAACAUUCAUAUAAUGAUGGCAGCAAAGGACAGCCGAAGAGACAAUGGCGUUGCCACCACGAGACAUGUGCAUGCCUUUUACGAGAUUUAUAAUAAGGGUAUAAUUCACUAUGUCUAUAAAUGUUAUGUAAUCAGUCCUGUAGCGAAUCCCUUUCUGAGCAACAGACCGUGUCAGUGCAUGAUUUAUUGUGGGCACAACGGAAUGGGACUGUAGGCACGUGUAGCUCUUAAUCCCAUAUGAAAACACCAACUUUAGAUUCGCGUGGUAUCUCUGGUACCACAUUCUUUUCUGUAACGCAGAUGGCCUAGGUUAUGAUGAUAGUUCGGAUAACAUUCGUAGAAAAUAUAGACUGAAUGACACGACAGAGUGAGAGCCGAUUAACGCCGCUUUAAACAGCAUGCCGGUUAGCGAGGCCGACGGUGACGCGGCUUGGCCAGCCAAUCACAUCGCAGGAUACGGGGAUUCCCUUUCCUUCCAUGCGGACGGAAAAGACGCGCACGUCAAACAAACGGUGAGGGAAAAAAUCUGGCGUGGCGAGUAUGUCGACCUCGGCACAAUCCUACCAGACACCGAGGGAAGUCACGAGGACGGUACGAUUACCAUGGCGUACGACUCCUCAGUAGGCACUCCGAGGUCCGCACAACCCAGGGGUUGCUGUCCUACAUGGAAACCAUAAGAACGGCGGCACUUCGAUUCGGGGGGAUGCCUGGUCAACCUACGACCAACAAUUCCGACACAGAAUGUCAAGGGACCCCUCACGACGCUGGGACAACAUCGACGGGGAGUUGUGGCUGAAGUCCAUGGUAACACAGCCGGUACUACAACCAGAAUCAGGCGGACGGGGCGCAAUGACACGCGUACAGGGGGACAUCGCCAGUCAGGUAUGCUGGGAUUUCAAUAAGUUUGGCUGUAGCAGGGUCAACUGUAAGUACACUCACAAAUGCGGUAAGUGUGGCAAACAUUCCCAUAGCUCUAGGACCUGCUUUCGAGGGAAUGGGGUCCAACCGACCCCAUACAAGCCCAAUCAGCCUUCUGCCUAACAGAAAACCAGCCGUCAAGGCAGGUAAAUUCAAUGGCCCCUUCCCCCGUGGAUCUCAAUGAAAUGGCACCCUGGUUACGCCAAUAUGCUAGGGUCAAUUACAGAGAUGCAAACUAUUUAUGGGUAGGUUUUAGCUCUGGCUUUAAGCUCGAGUUCCAGGGAAGCCGCACGGGUCGCCUGGCACGAAACUUGCGAUCAGCCACGCACCAAGACACGGCAGGCUACGUGAAACAAAACUACAAAACGAAGUCGACCUUGGCAGGAUGGCGGGCCCUUCAAGGACACCCCCCCCCCCCCCUAGACAACCUCCAAGUAUCCCCAAUAGGCCUGGUGCCCAAGAAGCAGCCAGGAUAUGGUCAGCACCUGGGUAAUCAUGCGGAGGAAUUCCGUCUAAUUCACCAUCUAUCCUAUCCAAGGGGUAAAUCUAUAAAUGACUUCAUAGACACAGAGGCCUGCUCCGUUGCGUACGCCAGAUUUGAUGAAGCUACCCAUAUGGUUCAACGACUGGGAAAGGGAGAACUACUAGCAAAAUUCGACAUUCAGUCGGCCUUUAGAAUUAUACCAGUCCACCCAUCCGAUUUCGAGCUGCUAGGCAUCAGAUUCGAAGGUGAGUUCUAUUUCGACAAAUGCCUACCAUUUGGCUGCUCCAUAUCUUGCGCCAUAUUUGAAACGUUUAGUACCUUCAUGCAAUGGUGCAUGCAAUCGCAUCUUCCAACGUGUCCGAUUAUGCAUUACCUGGAUGACUUCCUAACGGGGGGCACAGCAGGCACCAGCCACUGCUCAGACAACCUCAACGGAUGCGCGAAUACACUAGAACAGCUUGGGGUUCCUACUGCGCACGACAAGACGGUGGGCCCCACAACCAAACUGACAUUCCUAGGGCUGGAAAUCGACACCAUUGCAAUGCAGAUCAGAAUCCCAGAGUCCAAGAUCAAGGAGGCAACAAGGGAAAUCCAAGACAUCCUGUCAACAGGUAACAUCAAGGUCACAAAAAGGGCCCUUCAGUCCCUCAUAGGCAAGCUUAACUUUAUGUGCAGGGCUAUACCAAUGGCAAGGGCAUUCAGCCGCAGGCUAACCGAUCUGCUUAGCAAAGGUAAGCAACCAUCUCACCACAUUAGGAUUACCAGCUGGGUCAAGGAAGACCUACAAAUGUGGUUAACAUUUCGUACGAGUUAUAAAGGCAUUUCAGUGUUUCAGGACCAACUAUGGGUGGACAGCGAUUUCCUCCAGCUGUUUUCAGAAGCAGCGGGUGGCGCCAGCUUCGGGGCCUACAUGCAGGGCAAAUGGUUUAACGGCGCAUGGCCACCCCAGUGGGUGACGGAUGGAACUACACGGGACUUGACGCUACCUUGACAUGGUGGCAUCAAUCCUUCGGAAAUACAACCCCAGCUUCCUGACACCAAGAUCAUCGUAUCCUCAAUGCUGCACAGGCGCUACUGGCACGAUGCCAGGGACCCACUAAAGAUCGAGGGGAUGCGGAAGAAUAUCAACCGUCGACUGGCCAACCGAGUCAAAGAGCUCGGCGGUACAAUGGUGCCACAUCCCCAGAUCCUGGCAUCAGACAAGACAUGGUACGCCUGGGAGGGCGUCCACCUCAGUGACAAAGGACUGUGUGUGUUUACGGACAAUUUAUUGCAUGCCCUGGCGCUUGUUAUCUCCACAGGUUUGUGUUUCCUUUCAGUACAUAGGCAAGCCGGGCAACAACGCUAUCUCCGCGUAUCGCGUGGCCGUGGGUGUGGGGUAGCACUCUGGUGCUUUGUGGCGGGGUUCUUGUGGGCUACACUGCUAGUAACAAAUUAACUUGCUUCCAAAUUAAUACUCGUGCUUAAGGCUACCUGCUUUUCAGCGGGAACCUUUCCGGGGUUACCUGCUUCUCAGUGGGAACCUUGU